AUGGAAGCCACCCAAGACCAGACGGAGCGACUCGAAACACUACCUACUUAUCAAAACCAUUUGUUCGUUUUUAUGAUUGUGGGGCUUAUCACUCUGUUACCCUUGACCAUACUAACGGCAGUGAUGACCAUCCGUACCGGAAUACCAAAACUGUGUCGUUUCAUUUGUUUGUGUGCCACAAUGGCACUGGCUGCUGGAGUGACGGCGAUGCUACUUCUUUAUUUUGCGCUUGGGCCGAAUGACUUACAAUUGGCACGCGGUGACCAGAUAAUGAUUGGAGAACCGGGUGAUGGGUACCUCAUAGGAGCAAACCAACUUCGUUCGCUGGCUUGUAACAGACUCACUAUACAAACGACUGGACUAGGGGUGAUUGCAUGGGCGGUCAGUGUGUCGCUCAAUCUCGGCCAGAUGCAAAAUUACAGUCUAACAUUACAUAACUGGACUUUACCUGCACACGUUAGAUUAAGACUAAAACGGGGAGAUCGAAUGGGUAUUCGAAACUAUACAGCGCCUAUCCGGGCUGUGAUUUUGCAAGGUGAGAGUGCAUGGAACAAGUGGAUUAUAUCAGAAACACAUAAGUUCGGAUAUGAAAAGUGUUGUGCGUGGAAAGAACUAGACACCUACUCUAAGGAUUACGGAACCGUCGAAGCGAACGAGGAUGAAAUAUAUACUGUUAUUAUUCGUCAGGCAGACAGUUCAUAUAAAAUUCCGGGACCUCAAGUAAUGAGUGAAAGUUACACAGGAGCUAUUGAUUUACAGCGAGUCAGAUGGGCCCCCACCCCAUGCGACCCAACUAUAUGUGAUGGAACAAGUAGAAUAUGUGAAACUGACAACACACCAAAGAGAUAUGUGAUUGACUACGCAGUAGAAACUAUGACUGCUCCACCCUACGAUAGUGUGCACGUCCGAGUGCUCUGCCAUCCGCGGCACUGGGCCCUCGGUUUGAUAUUCAGCGUCAUACCCAUAUUGGUCGCUACCUUGACACUGAUCGUGUGGCGAACUCGAAGGAAUGCUAAACAACUGAAAUUCCUGGACACUGUUCUUGAAAGGACUAUUCCAGCAACACAUACACACGGUCAGCAGCAACACGUCGAUUAUCAGGACCGCAAUAACCCAGCAUUUGAGUUGGAUAUUGUGUGA